AUGACAAACCUCAUCUCGUCCUUCAUUAUCGAGCCCGUCGUCCGUCACGCUCGCAGGUUCUCCGAAGCCACGGCCUCGCAAUGGCCAGCCCGCCAUGGCGAAUCAACGACGAUCCCUGACGAGUCCCGCCGCCCAUCACGUGCGAGCGGGAGCUACGCAUCAACGCGCAAACGAGCACCGCGCCGCGAAACGACGAGCAUCUCGGCUGGCGACCAGGACGGCCAGCCUCGACCCGUAGCAGGCGCCGCCGACAGCGCUGCCUCUGCCUCUGCGACCGCGCUCCAGGAGCCCUCCGACUUCGCCACUGUCGACACCCCCGAGCGCGCCCACGAGUCGCCCGAAGAUCCUCCUAGGUCCACCGCUGCCGCUGGUCAUGCUCGGCUCACGCAAUUGCCAGCGAGCACGCCCGCUCCCUCUUCUAGCACUGCAAGCCUGCCCCUCGAGGACGAGCGCUCAAGCAACCCCGCCCACGGCAUCCCCGCGCCCUUUCGCCCAGUAGCUGCGGAAACCCCCGACCCCGGCCGCCCUCCGCGGGGUAGUAGCGCAACCACUAUAAUUCAGCCCGGCCGAGACCCUGCCCGCGCAAUGAGCUACCCUCCGGCGGGCGUGAACUCUGCAGAGGUCAAGAUGUCCGACUCUCUGCCUGCCGACGAUGGCAUGCACCCCCUGCGCCUGCGCAUACACGAGAUCCGCAAACUGGGCGUCUCGAGCGACGAAAAGGCCAGGCGCAUGCACUCCUUGAUGACUGAGGGAUACCAUGCCUGCCAUGGCCAUGUCCCGCGCCCGCCGUCGCCGUCAAGCAUCAUGUCGCACGAGCGCCCAUUCACUCCAAGCUCGACGCGCUCUGAGAUGCACAUUUCGUCUCCAAACUCCGUAUACUCCUUGUACGACGGCGACAAUCCUUACAACCUCGCGCCCGAGGACCUGCUGCCUACAUUCUAUCCCGAAGAGGAACAUGGCGCGCACGGUCAUGCUGGCAUGGAUGAGGAUGAGGAGGACGAUGGGCCCACCUAUGGCUGCAAGCAUUACAAGAGGAACGUCAAGAUCCAAUGCUUCGACUGCAACCACUGGCACACUUGCCGCCAUUGUCAUGAUGAACGAGAAAACCACCAUCUCAACCGGAAAAAGACAAGAAGCAUGCUAUGCAUGCUUUGCGCAACUCCGCAACCGGCGGCAGAGUUUUGCAGGUCAUGUCAGGUGCGGACCGCCUGGUAUUACUGUGACAUUUGCAAGCUCUGGGACAACGACAGCGCCAAGAGCAUCUAUCACUGCCCUGACUGUGGCAUAUGCAGGCGCGGAGAAGGACUUGGGAAGGACUUCAUCCAUUGCAAGAAAUGCAACGUCUGCAUCAGUAUCAAGUUCGCCGAAGACCACCGGUGCAUUGAACGGGCCACAGAUGCCGACUGUCCCAUAUGCAAAGACUACAUGUUCACAUCCUCUACCGACGUCGUCUCGAUGAAAUGUGGCCACUACAUGCAUCGCAACUGCUACGACGCUUACAUGCAGACUGACUACAAGUGUCCGAUGUGCAAGAAGAGUGCCGUUAACAUGGAGCUGCAAUGGCGGAAGGUCCGCGAUGCCAUCGAAAGUCAACCGAUGCCCGUGCAGUUUGCCGACACCAAAGUCGUCAUUAAUUGCAACGAUUGCUCCGUGAAGUCUACAUCGCAGUAUCACUGGCUUGGUAACCAAUGCGCUCAUUGCGAGUCGUUCAACACCAAUGAGCUACGCCUCCUUUCCGGCAACGAGACCGAGCAAGACGCUGACCCUUCAACCGUACCAUCUUCUCCUCGUUCGUGUCUUGCACCAGGUGCACACAUCGAGCGCAGGACGUCCGGAUCUUACUUCCUGCUUGCAGAACGUGAAGAGCGCGAGGCACGCGAACGGGAGGCGGCCAUGCGGCCUUCGUCGGCGGAUGGGUCGCACUUCUCGCCUUUCGAGAUGCUGCAACGCGUGAGGUCCUUGUCGCCCGUCCGCCGGUUGUUGGGUGGGUCGGAUGAUGAGAUGGACGAUGCAGAUGAUGACGACGAAGAAGAGGAAGACAGUGACGACAGCAUGGAUGAAGAUGAAGACGAUGACGAAGAAGAGCUCGAAGACGCUGAAGCAGGUGAUAUUCUCGAUGGAAUUGACCUCAUUGGACAUCGUUAG